CGUUGAGUGAAGUUUAAACCGUUCGACGGAGAAACCACGAAUUGGGACAUUCGGCAUUCGCAUCUACCUCGAAAAUUCGUUUCCCGUCCGCGUUUCCUCUUUGUUUCAUAUCCGCACUCGACUUUUACAUAUACACAAUGGCUUUCCACCUCUCAGAAGAAUCCAAGGAGCGCAUCCUCAAGUUUUACGACAUCUCGCAGGUCGCUUUCCGUUUCGGAUUCGUUCCUCUCAUCAUCUUCCUCGGCUGGUCGCAGACCUACCCGCGUCCCUCGCUCAUCAGACUUCUCUCUCCCCUCGCCAUGACUAGAUCGUAAAUCACGAUCCCAGACCGGGAAAAAGUCUGCCUUAUGACGAACGUUCUUGAAAUAUGGUGGAGUGCCUCCGCUAUGUACAAUGUAUCUACAACUCUGGCGAAUGGACGUGGCUUUUGUAUAUUUCUAUAAGAAAACUAGGGAAAAUAAACAGUUCUGUAUUCUUGUCUAUUCGUAUGACAUAUGUAGAAUGAUAUAUUGUAACAUAUGAUUGCUGGACAUCAUCCAUCCUAAC